AUGCGAGGCUUAGAUAGUGUCCUCGGAGGAGGGGACGCUGUCUUCGGAGUAGCACAUGGUGUCUUCGGAGGAGGAGACGUUGUCUUGGGGGGAAGAGACGGUGUACUCGGAGGAGGCGACGCUGUCAUCGGAGGAGGAGAUGGUGUCUUCGGAGGAGGAGACGCUGUCUUGGGAGGAGGAGACGGUGUCUUCGGAGGAGGCGACGCUGUCUUCGGUGGAGGAGACGGUGUAUUCGGAGGAGUUGACGCUAUCAUCGGAGAGCUAGAUGGUNGCGUUGUCUUGGGAGGAGGAGACGGUGUCUUCGGAGAAGGCGACGCUGUAUUCGGUGGAGGAGACGGCGUACUCGGAGGAGGCGGCGCUGUCUUCGGAGGAGGAGACGGUGUCUUCGGAGGAAGAGAUGGCGUAUUUGGAGGGGGAGACGAUGUCUUGGGAGGAUUAAGUGGUGUCACGGGAGGAGGAGAUGGUGUCUUCGGAGGAGGCGACGCUGUCUUCGGUGGAGGAGACGGUAUAUUCGGAGGAGGCGACGCUGUCUUUGGGGGAGGAGAUGGUGUCCUCGGAGGAGGAGGCGUUGCCUUGGAAGGAGGAGAUGGUGUCUUCGGUGGAGGAGAUGUCUUCGGUGAAAGAGAUGGCGUUUUUGGAGGGGGAGACGAUGUCUUGGGAGGAGGAGGCGCUGUCUUCGGUGGAGAAGAUGGUGUCUUCGGAGAAAGAGAUGGCGUUUUGGAGGAGUAG